CAUCUCGUCUCGUCGAGACGAGACAACAAAUCCCACUCCCACCGCCACCGCCACCGCCGCCUCAAGGUCCGCUCCAACUUCACCUUCCCAAACCCCGCCGCAUUCGACCCCGUCGUCGCCGAAAUCGAGCGCAAGCGCGAGGACAGGCAGUGGGAGCACCAAUACAUCCACGCUCACCACCCUAACUCGACCUCCGCCGAGCCGGAGUGGGAGGAUUUCAUGAACGCCGAGGAUUAUCUCAACGACGAGGACAAGUUCAAUGUCACUAGCAGGUUGGUGCUCCUCUUCCCCAGCAUUGAUCUCGAUCCGCCCGAUGGCUACGUCACUGCGACCGAGUUGACUCACUGGAACUUGAAGCAGAGCCAGAAGGAGGUGCUGCAUAGGACCCAGAGGGAGAUGGAGGUUCACGACAAGAAUAAAGAUGGAUUCGUCACUCUAGCUGAGUAUGAGCCGCCCACCUGGGUUGUUAAUUCAGACAAUAACACAUUUGGAUAUGAUAUGGGCUGGUGGAAAGAGGAUCAUUUUAAUGCAUCAGAUGCAGAUGGAGAUGGCCAGUUGAAUAUCACAGAGUUCAAUGAUUUUCUACAUCCAUCUGAUACAACCAAUCCCAAAUUGCUUGAGUGGUUGUGCAAGGAAGAAAUAAGGGAAAGAGAUACCGACAAAGAUGGGAAGAUUAACUUUAAAGAAUUCUACCAUGGAAUUUAUGACUUGAUUAGAUCACAUGAUGAAGGGGUUCAUGAUUCGUCACAUGAACCUGCUGAGGAGGCCCCAGCAAAAUUAUUGUUCAGUCAGCUUGACAAAAAUGGUGAUGGUUAUUUGUCACAUGAAGAAUUGCUACCGGUUAUUCAAAAAAUACAUCCCUCGGAGUUCCAUUAUGCUAAACAGCAGUCAGAGUACAUCAUGCAGCAGGCUGAUACAGAUAACGAUGGGCGUCUGAGCUUGCUAGAGAUGGUUGAGAACCCAUAUGUUUUCUAUAGUGCUGUAUUUGAUGAAGAUGAUGAUGAAGAAUAUGAUUACCAUGAUGAAUUCCGCUAGAACCACCCACGGUUGGGUGGCAGCCAAGGUUGUGGUUUCACUCAGAAAUACAAUAUGCUUCUUUAAUCCUUCCACCUCAAACAAUUGGUGCAGUUCUGCUGGUAGUGACACACUCAAAAAUUUUGUUCCUCAAACUUAUACUGUAACACCCCCCUCACCCCCCUCCAAAAAAAAGGUGUAGAUUAUUUGUAACUAUGAUUUCUCAUAAUUUACUUGUAGUUUUAUAGGGGAUUGAUAUUUUAAUCAGUGAAUUCUUGGCAAA